UUACAGGCAUUGUGCUAUGAUAUCUCGCCUUUUAGUGGCCGCCGCUUUCACAGCGGCGGCUCUCGGUACACCAGCGCGCCGAAGUCUCCAAGUACACGAGAAAAGGGACACCAUACCCAGUGGCUACAGCCUUACCGGAUCCGCAUCUGCUGACACUGUACUCGAUCUGCGCCUGGCUCUGGUGCAAAACGACACUACAGGUCUCAUCAACGCUCUGUACGACGUGAGUACUCCAUCUAGUGCGAAAUACGGCAAGUAUCUCUCCAAAGAAGAGGUCGAAGUAUACACUGCUGCCAAGCCGGAGAGCGUCUCGGCUGUGAACGAAUGGCUGAGCGAGAAUGGCUUGAACGCGAGCAGUAUCUCGCCAGGUGAACAAUGGAUGGCAAUUCAAUUGCCUGUCAGCCAGGCCAAUGACCUUCUUGGAGCAAACUUCUCGGUCUUCACUCACGAGGAUACCGGGACGGACGCUUAUCUGUACAACAUCCCAACUACGCCUGCCGUUAAUGAAUCUAGUCAACUGUUUAUCUGUGGGUACGAUGAUGACUGGCCACAAAGAGCUGAUCUAUCGGAGUUUUUGGAGACGUACCGCCCGGACAUGAACUCCUCGACUACGUGGAGCCUGCACCUGCUGGACAACGGAACCGACCCUCAGAACAGUAGUAUCGGUCAGAGUGAAGCCACCCUGGAUCUCGAAUACGCUAUGGGAUUAGCGACAAACGUACCGACGACGUUCGUGUCCACGGGCAUCAUCCCGGAAUCGUCCGAUGACUUCGUCAACUACCUGUUGGAUGCUGCGUACUACAUGCUUAAUCUCACUACCGUGCCCCAGACGGUGACCACGAGUUAUGGGCUCGACGAGAACCUGGUCUCCGAGAAGCUAGCAACUACGCUGUGCAACGCGUAUGCAGCUUUGGGGGCUCGUGGUGUUUCUCUGAUCUUCCCGAGCGGGGACGGCGGUGUCUCGGGAUUGCACUACCCGAUUCCCCGGCGGAGUCAUGCACUACUUUUGUUCCUACGUUCCCAUCAACAUGUCCCUAUGUUACCUCCGUGGGAGGCACAUACAACGUCCCGGAGACUACCAGGUCCCGCCACUUCCGCAUACGUCUCUUCCCUGGGCAGCACUAACUCGGGCCUAUAUAAUGGGACUGGACGCGGUUUUCCGGAUGUUGCCGCAUACGCGGAGUAUUACACGAUCAUUCACGAUAAUCAGGAGCAGCAAGUCAAUGGCACGAGCGCGUCGGCCCCUGUUUUCGCAGCGAUAAUCUCGCUCCUGAACGACCAGCUGCUCUCCGCGGGAAACCGCCUUUGGGUUUCUUGAAUCCCUUCUUGUAUCGACCGGCUCGUCGAGCUUCACCGACAUCACGUCUGGCAACAACUACGCGUGCUCGAAC